UGCAGCAGCAGCAGCAGCAUCCACAGAUAAAGUACGCCAGGCAGCGUGGACCAGGUAGUUACUAUUUAAACUACUGUAUACGCGCAUCUUUACAGUGGGUUAGCAGAAGACAGUGACUGGUUGUUCUCAGGAAACAUGAACUCUGUGCAAGGGAGAAGUGUUCUAUCGCUGUGCAGACGCACCACGACGGCUCUACGUUUGCUCGCCAGCCAGCCAGGUCACCCUGGCACUCGCGGGAUAGACAAUACCGUCCUAGGGACAGUACGGGUCUGCCAUUCGGGGGCUAACCGUAAUGUUAGCACCAAGAAGCGAGGCUAUGAUAUCACCAGAAAUCCACAUCUUAACAAGGGCAUGGCGUUCACUCUGGAGGAACGUCUGCAGCUGGGCAUCCAUGGCCUACUACCCCCCUGCUUCCUAACGCAAGACGUCCAGGUGCUGCGAGUCAUGAAGAGCUACGAGACGCGCAGCAACCCCCUCGACAAGUACAUCUUGCUGAUGACACUACAGGACCGUAACGAGAAGCUCUUCUACCGGCUGCUGACGUCAGACAUCGAGGAGUUCAUGCCUAUUGUUUACACGCCUACUGUGGGCUUGGCCUGCCAGCAGUACGGCUUGGCCUUCCGGAGACCCAGAGGUCUCUUUAUCACCAUUCAUGACAAAGGCCAUAUCGCUACGGUGCUGAACUCCUGGCCGGAGGAGGACAUCAAGGCUAUUGUGGUGACAGAUGGUGAGCGUAUCCUGGGCCUCGGUGACCUGGGCAGCUAUGGCAUGGGCAUCCCCGUGGGCAAGCUAGCCCUGUACACAGCAUGUGGAGGAGUGCCACCCCAGCAGUGUCUGCCAGUGCUGCUGGAUGUUGGCACCGAUAACCAGUCUCUUCUGGACGACCCUCUGUACAUUGGGCUGAAACACAAGAGAAUACGUGGGAAAGAGUACGAUGAUCUCAUUGAUGAGUUCAUGCAGGCUGUAACCGAUAAGUAUGGAAUGAACUGCCUAAUUCAAUUUGAGGACUUUGCCAAUGCCAAUGCCUUCAGAAUUCUCAAUAAAUACCGCAACCACUACUGCUCCUUCAAUGAUGAUAUCCAAGGCACAGCCUCUGUUGCUGUGGCAGGAGUUCUGGCCGCUCUGAAGAUCACCAAGAACAAGCUGUCUGACCACAAGUUUGUGUUCCAGGGAGCUGGAGAGGCUGCGUUGGGCAUCGCACAUCUGCUUAUUAUGGCCAUGGCCAAGGAGGGAGUAUCCAAAGCAGACGCCAUCAAGAGGAUCUGGAUGGUUGACUCCAAAGGCCUUAUUGUCAAGGGUCGUGGCAACCUGAACCACGAAAAGGAGGAGUUUGCUCAUGAGCACGCUCAGGUGAAGACCCUAGAGGAGGUGGUGGAGACCAUCAAGCCCACAGCUAUCAUCGGCGUGGCGGCCAUCGGAGGUGCUUUCACCGAGAAGAUCAUCAAGAAGAUGGCAUCCUUCAACGAGAGACCCAUCAUCUUCGCCCUGAGCAACCCCACCAGCAAAGCAGAGUGCACAGCAGAGCAGUGCUAUAAACUCACUGAGGGCAGGGGCAUCUUUGCUAGCGGGAGCCCCUUCAAGAAGGUGACCCUGGCGGACGGGCGCACAUUCCACCCCGGCCAGGGCAACAACGCCUACGUCUUCCCCGGAGUUGCCCUGGGUGUCAUCGCUUGCGGAGUGCGAACCAUCUCCGAUGACAUCUUCCUUAAAAGUGCCGAGGCCAUCGCAGAAAUGGUGACGGAGGAGCACCUGGCGGAGGGCAGACUCUACCCCCCUCUCAGCACCAUCAGGGAGGUGUCCUUCAAGAUCGCCGUCAAGCUCGUGGACUAUGCCUACAGGAAUAACGUGGCGUCCUUGUACCCGGAGCCCAAGGACAAGGAGGCUUUCAUUCUGUCCCACGUCUACAACGCCGACUACGACUCCUUCACCCUGGACAACUACGAGUGGCCGGCAGCCGCCCAGAAGCUCCAGGAUGUGUAGGCCGCUGCCAGUGCCAGAACUGAUGCCACAGUCGCACACUUUCUCUCUCUCUCUCUCUCUCUCUCUCUCUCUCUCUCUCUCUCUCUCUCUCUCUCUCUCUCUCUCUCUCUCUCUCUCUCUCUCUCUCUCUCUCUCUCUCUCUCUCUCUCUCUCUCUCUCUCUCUCUCUCUCUCUCUCUCUCUCUCUCUCUCUCUCUCUCUCUCUCUCUCCUUCUCUCCCUCUCCUCUGAUAGACAGAGGAGACGAAAAGAGGCUGAAAGCAGUAAAUGGGUGAGGAGAGCUAGUUGCUAUUCACUGUUUUCACUGCUAUUUCAGUUUUCUUCUUUAACUCCCAUGCUGUCGGGCGGAGUACGUGACAGGGAAGAGAGGGUGGAGGGAGGAAUCCUCUUCCUAUAUUUCCCUCUGAAUUUUACUUUGUCAUCCCCUCUCUAUCCCUCUAUCUAUCUCUCUCUAUCCCGCUCUCUUUCCCCCUCUCUUAUUCUCCCUCUUCCGCUCUGUCAAAGACAAAGACAUAUCAAUAUGACGCCUCUUUUUUGCCAUUACUCAUCCAGCCAACAUAGCCAAUCACCAUCCAACACUUUCCUGCAGUGUAGCGUUUUGUAAUACUAAUGUACUUUUCCUUUUUGUAUCCAGCCCAUGCGUCAAGUCAAGUGCACUUGUCUGUGCCCUGUGUGGCCUUUACCAAAAUGAAAUGAACUGGCACCUGUUUGUGUCCUCGCUUGUCUCCCUUAGAUACCGCACACAUGUACACACUCCCUGCUGACUGAUAGAACCAGUUCAGUUCAGCGCAGAGCUCGAUCCACGGCCAAACUAGUCAUGUGUUUCACGUUCUCUGUGGACUUAACCGUGGCUCUUAUAGAUUAUUUCAUCGCCAUUGUGGAAGUUAAACCAUGGCUUUUAUAAAGUACCACACAAAAUGGCUACUAAAUCAAUUUUAUAAGAGGGUAUUUAGCUCUGUGUUCUAAAGUAUGCCAUCUAAAAGAUCACUUUGUGAUUUAGUUACCGUUGCUGUUAUUAGCCGAUCAUUGAAAGCACAUCGAAAGUGUCCGCGAUUUCAUCAGACUUGACUCUACCAACUCGCCUGAGCAGUGGAGAGGGUUUAGAUAAGAGGUUAUUUUUGUAUAAAGUCUGCCAGCACAAACUGACAGGGUGCCUGUGACUGUCUGAAUGUUUGAAUACUAAGAGAUUACUGCAUUAUGGUGGUAGACGUAAUUAUUUUUUGUGCCGCCGUUCUUUCGUCCAUUCUUUGAGUAUGGUCCUGUUUUCUAUGAUGGUUUUAGUUGAGUAGCAUUUUAUUAGGCCAAAGUUUCAGAGGAAAGGGAAAAAAAUGGGCCAAUGAAUAGCCCCACAGUUGUGUGUGAGCGUGAGUGAGUGUCUCUGCGUGUUUCCUUCUAUUUCCAUGAUGCACAAGCUUGAAUCUGCUCGUGUCUUGCUACAAUAGCCCUGUUUCUGCUCUGACUUUUAUGAACAUGCUUUACAAGUGAUGCACUACAACGGAAUUGUAUUCCAUGAAGGGUUUUUUUUUUUUUUUUUUUUUGAAGGGAAUAUACAAAAAUAAAUAAACAUAUGCUUUUGCAA